AUGGCUGGUUUUGUUGGAGAAGCCGUUUUGUCUGGGUUCAUUCAGAAGUUGGUCGACAUGGUCGCCUCGCCGGAGCUGUGGAAGUACGCACGUGAAGAGCAAGUGGAUUCUGAACUGAACGAGUGGAAGAAAAUAUUGAUGAAGAUCUACGCAGUGCUCCAUGACGCGGAGGACAAGCAGAUGACAAACCCCCUGGUGAAGAUGUGGCUACACGACCUCAGAGACUUGGCUUAUGAUCUGGAGGACAUCUUGGACGACUUCGCCACCCAAGCUUUGCGACGCAACUUGAUCGUGGCUCAACCCCAACCGCCCACUGGUACCGUUCGGAGCAUUUUAUCUUAUGUGUCUACUAGUCUCACUUUGAGUGCUGCUUGGUCCAAUUUAAGUAUGGGUUCCAAGAUAGAGGAGAUCACUGCCAGAUUGCAAGAUAUUUCAGCCCAAAAAAAGCACCUGGAUUUAAGAGAUGUUUCUGCUGGUUGGUCUGGUAGAAAGAGACUACGGAGACUGCCAUCCACUUCUUUGGUGAUUGAAUCUCGUAUUUAUGGCAGGGAGACAGAUAAAGCUGCCAUACUUGCCAUGCUGCUCAAGGACGAUCCAAGUGAUGAUGAAGUCUGCGUGAUCCCUAUCGUCGGCAUGGGAGGUAUAGGCAAAACUACUCUUGCUCAACUUGCGUUUAAUGACGAUAAAGUGAAGGAUCAUUUUGAUUUGCGAGCUUGGGUCUGUGUUUCCGAUGAUUUUGAUGUUUUGAGGGUGACCAAAACUAUUCUGCAAUCACUUUCUCCACAUACACGUUAUGCCAACAAUCUUAAUUUGCUUCAGAUUGAGCUCAGGGAGAAACUUUACCGGAAGAAAUUUCUUCUUAUCUUGGACGACGUUUGGAAUGAGAAUUUUGAUGAAUGGGAUAUUUUGUGCAUGCCGAUGAGAGCCGGAGCGUCAGGUAGUAAGCUUAUUGUCACAACCCGUAAUAAAGGGGUUGUAUCUGUUACCGGAACUUGUUCAGCUUAUCCCCUUCAGGAGUUAUCAUAUGAUGAUUGUCUAUCUUUAUUCACCCGACAAGCAUUAGGGGCAAGAAACUUUGAUGCUUAUCCACACCUGAAAGAAGUUGGAGAGGAGAUAGUCAGAAGGUGCAAAGGCUUGCCUUUGGCAGCAAAGGCGCUUGGUGGCAUGUUGCGCAAUCAACUAAAUCGCAGAGCAUGGGAAGAUAUAUUAACAAGCAAGAUAUGGGAUCUCCCGGAGGAGAAAAGUCAUAUUCUUCCGGCUCUCAAGCUAAGCUACCAUCAUCUUCCUUCUCAUUUGAAGCGGUGUUUUGCUUAUUGCUCGAUAUUUCCAAAAGACUAUGAAUUCCACAAAGAUGAAUUAAUCCUAUUAUGGAUGGCAGAAGGUUUUCUGCAACAAACAAAGGGAGACAACCAGCCUGAGAAGUUAGGUUGUGAGUACUUUGAUGAUUUAUUCUCAAGGUCAUUUUUUCAACAGUCAACUCAAAAUUCAUCCCAAUUUUUAAUGCAUGAUCUUAUUAACGAUCUAGCUCAAUCUAUUUCCGGAGACAUAUGCUAUAAUUUUGAUGAUGAGUUAGAGAAUAAUAAGCAAUCCACGGCUGUUUCAGAGAAGGCUCGUCAUUUGUCAUUCAAUCGUCAACGUUACGAGAUGAUGAGAAAAUUCGAAGCGUUUCAUAAGGCUAAGUGUUUGCGGACGUUACCCGAUUCAGUGGGUCAUCUUUAUAAUUUGCAAACACUGAUAUUACGCAAUUGCUAUAGACUUGUUGAGUUGCCUAUGGGAAUUGGAGGCCUCAUCAACCUUCGACAUGUUGAUAUUUCUGGUGCAGUUCAACUACAGGAGAUGCCCCCUCAAAUGGGAAACUUAACCAAUUUGCAAACAUUAUCCGACUUUAUUGUGGGCAAAGGUAGCAGGUCGGGUGUCAAAGAAUUAAAGAAUUUGCUGGGUCUCCAAGGAAAGCUUUCUAUUUCAGGGUUGCAUAAUGUGGUAGAUAUUCAAGAUGCAAGGAGUGUUAAUUUACAGAAGAAGCAGAACAUCAAAGAGUUAACACUGAAAUGGAGCAGUGAUUUUGGUGAAUCAAGAAAUAAAAUGAAUGAGAGGCUUGUUUUAGAGUGGCUACAACCUCAUAGAAAUCUGGAAAAGCUCACCAUUGCAUUCUAUGGUGGACCAAACUUUCCAAGUUGGAUAAAGAAUCCCUCAUUCCCUUUAAUGACACACUUGGUUCUCAAGAAUUGCAAGAUAUGCACAUCGUUACCGGCUCUCGGCCAAUUAUCCUUACUCAAAAACUUGCAUAUCGAAGGGAUGAGUGAAGUUAGAACCAUAGAUGAGGACUUUUAUGGAGGGAUUGUCAAGUCUUUUCCAUCCUUGGAGUUUCUGAAGUUUGAAAAUAUGCCAACAUGGAAAGAUUGGUUUUUUCCAGAUGCAGAUGAACAAGUGGGACCAUUUCCAUUCCUUCGAGAACUUACAAUAAGGAGAUGCUCAAAGCUAGGUAUACAGUUGCCUGAUUGCCUACCUUCUCUGGUUAAACUUGAUAUCUUUGGGUGUCCAAAUUUGAAAGUUCCCUUUUCAGGAUUUGCAUCUCUUGGUGAAUUAAGUUUAGAAGAAUGUGAAGGGGUGGUGUUCAGAAGUGGGGUUGGUAGUUGUCUUGAAACAUUAGCUAUUGGACGGUGUCACUGGCUUGUAACGUUGGAGGAGCAAAUGCUACCUUGCAAACUUAAAAUUUUGAAAAUACAAGACUGUGCUAACCUGGAGGAGCUGCCAAACGGAUUGCAAAGUCUCAUAUCUCUCCAAGAGUUGAAAUUAGAGAGGUGCCCCAAACUGAUUUCAUUUCCAGAGGCCGCUUUGUCACCCUUGCUCAGAUCUCUGGUGCUGCAGAACUGCCCAUCUCUCAUAUGCUUUCCAAAUGGUGAGCUGCCCACCACGCUCAAGCAUAUGAGGGUUGAAGAUUGUGAAAAUUUGGAGUCUCUACCAGAGGGAAUGAUGCACCACAAGUCCUCUUCCACUGUAAGCAAAAACACUUGUUGCCUUGAAAAAUUGUGGAUAAAGAAUUGUGCCUCUCUCAAGUUCUUUCCGACAGGAGAGUUACCCUCCACCCUUGAGCUCCUUUGUAUUUGGGGAUGCGCAAACUUGGAGUCAAUAUCAGAGAAAAUGUUACCCAAUGGCACAGCUCUUGAAUAUUUAGACAUAAGGGGCUAUCCAAAUCUGAAAAUCCUACCAGAAUGCCUUACAAGCCUCAAGGAGCUCCACAUAGACGAUUGUGGAGGUCAGGAGUGUUUUCCAAAAAGAGGGUUGUCAACCCCCAACCUCAUGCACCUUCGUAUUUGGAGAUGUGUGAAUCUCAGGUCCCUUCCACAGCAAAUGAAAAACCUCACAUCUGUUCACACUCUCAGCAUAUGGGGUUGUCCAGGAGUGGAAUCCUUUCCAGAAGGGGGUUUGCCCCCCAAUCUAACAUCACUUUACGUUGGAUUGUGUCAGAAUCUGAAAACACCCAUAUCUGAAUGGGGACUCCUUACCCUCACCUCUCUUUCUGAAUUGUCCAUUUGUGGAGUGUUUCCCAAUAUGGCUUCUUUUUCGGAUGAAGAGUGUCUGCUUCCUCCAUCUCUGACCUAUCUUUUCAUCAGUGAACUGGAAUCUUUAACCUCCCUGGCUCUCCAAAAUCCGAUGUCUCUUACUGAACUAGGUAUUGAGUGUUGCUGCAAGCUCAGUUCCUUGGAGUUGCCUGCAACACUUGGAAGACUUGAAAUCACUGGUUGUCCUAUUAUAAAAGAAAGCUGCUUAAAGGAGAAGGGAGGAUACUGGCCCAACUUCUCCCACAUCCCCUGCAUUCAAAUAGAUGGCUCAUACAUCCAUUGA